UCAUCAAUCCCAACUCUGUUGCAAGUUUACCAAUGAUGGUUUGUUUUAUUUUUUCUGUCGAUGGUCUUCAUUUCCAUUAGCAAAAAGAAUGUCCAUAUACCACACUACAUCCCCCACACAUAUCAGCUAAUGUUGCGGAUGAUCGACGACAUGAACCCUUAAUGAUGAUCUUAUACAGCGAUCGACGUGUGAUCAUCGACCAUCUUAAACUUUGAAGUUGCUUUCGGCAUUUGCGAACGGUUUGCUGGACCCUUCUAUGUCCAAAACGGCUCAAAGAUAUAUGAAAUUGAUCUUGAUGACAUAGGCCGUCGGAUUUAUCGCGUCACCUCACACCCGUCUCGGCAGCAUUAUUAACAAUCCGCGGAUCGUUGCAAUUUCCAAAGAGAACAGCUUAAUGACCAACGCUGCAAGAUAUCUCCGGGCGGUCUGCCGUCCCUUGAACCAUGCAAGAUCCAAACCCGCCUGGCCCCCACUCGUCGCCCGCCUAUCUACCGCGCCUACCAAAAAUGCGGUCCUUGUAAAGACGGCAAAGAUGCACAAAGUUAUCCUCGGUGCAGUAGCUUUCGGGACCGGCGCAGCCAUAUUACUUGGUGCCGAAAGCCCAUCGUUCAUUAGUGCAGAGUCUUUGACGGAUUCCAGUCCGCUAAUUGCCGCUCCCAUUACGCCGCCCGGCCUACCCGUAGCGGCGGAUACAUCUUACCCGCCGACAAUGACGAUAUACGACAAGGAACUACCAGUUGUUACUGUUUUUGGAGACGAUACCUCAGAUCUAGGAAAGCCGAGGCUUGUUAUUUUGGGCUCUGGAUGGGGUGCGACGAGUUUGCUCAAGGAUCUCGAGCCGAAUGGCUACUACACGGUUGUCAUCUCGCCAACAAAUUACUUCCUCUUUACUCCACUCCUGCCAGAGGCAACAACAGGAACCGUUGAAGCCAGGAGUUUAUUGGAAAGCAUACGGUAUAUAUGUCGGACACCACGUGCUCACUUUUGUGAAGCCGAGGCGUAUGAUGUUCACCUCAAGGAAAAAGUGGUUGAGGUGGUGGGUGAAGACGGACGCCAUUUUCUAGUUCCGUACGAUCGACUAGUUGUUGCUGUCGGUGCUCAAAACAACACUCUCGGGGUUCCCGGUGUUCAAGAACAUACUCGCUUUCUGAAAACCAUUGCGGAUGCCCGCAGGCUACGCGUUGAGCUAAUGACAAACUUUGAACUCGCAGCACUGCCAACCACAUCAGAGCUGGAACGAAAGAGAUUGUUAAGUUUCGUUAUCGCUGGAGGCGGUCCUACUGGCGUGGAGUAUGCGUCUGAACUCUAUGAUUUUCUGCACGAGGACCUCAUAAACUACUUCCCUGAUAUAUUGGAGAAAGACGUGAGCGUGACAAUCAUACAGAGCGCGGAUCAUAUCUUAAAUACGUUUUCGAUGGCCAUCUCCGCAAUUGCGGAGGAGAAACUACGAAAACAUAAGAUCAAUGUAAUCACUAACGCUCGCGUAACUGAAGUCGAUAGCGCGGCCAUUACGUAUCGAAAAAAGAAUGUUCCUAAAGGAGAGCCGAACACAUUUGUGCUCCCAUUCGGUAUCUGUUUAUGGAGCACGGGUAUUGGAAUGCGCGAUUUUACACGGCGUCUUGUUGGGAAAUUACAGCAACAAGAGAACACGCGAGCACUUGAAGUUGACUCCCGCCUGAAACUUAAAGGGGAUCCCAAUAUUUACGCCAUAGGCGACUGUGCGACCAUUGAAAAUCCCAGAAUGCUGGAGAUUGUGAAAGAGAGAUUUCAAAAAGCUGGAAUGGACCGUCUGACGUAUCAACAAUUUCAAUCGGUUAUCGGUAGCAUUGUAGAUCAAUAUCCGCAAACGGCAGUUCAUCUCAGCAAAUUACGCAGUUUGUUUGACACAUACGACAUUGACAAGAACAAUGUCCUCGAUCUGGAUGAAAUCACGAAACUACUUGACGACGUUGAUAAAAAGCUAACCUCGCUGCCCGCCACUGCUCAGGUUGCAAGGCAGCAAGGGGCCUACCUCGCUCGGAAAUUUAACAGUCUGGCGUUCACACCGUCUGAUUUGCGCCCAGUUGUAGAGCAAACAUUACCGCCGUUUUACUACAAACAUCUAGGAAAUUUCUCCUACAUUGGUGAAAAAACCGCGGUGAUUGACCUGGGCGAGGGCAGAACGGGUGGGGGUUUUGGCGUCUUCCUCUUAUGGCGUGGAGCCUAUCUCGCUAGGCAAGUGUCCAUGCGCACACGGGUAUUAUUGGCAUUUGACUGGAUCAAAAGUAAAUUAUUCGGAAGGGACGUGAGUCGAUUCUGAGGCACAUGGGUCCAGUCGAUAUGUAUUUAGCUUUCAUAAACAAUGUGUUUUGCUCUAGAUAUCAGAUGCAUCUACUUCUGCGGCUGCCUCUACCUUGUUUUCUACCUUUUCUA